AUGCAAGCUUCCGCCUCAUCCACUCAGCGGAAGAUGUCUUGGCAAUCGCAGCGCAAACCGUCCCAGCAGUCAGCGGUAUCAAGCCACGCUCCAUCUUCAUAUCACUCGACCUUGUCUGCAGUUCCAGCAGGAGUGGAGGAGCCCCAGCGCCGUACAUCUACGACGACCUCAGCUCAGUCGCAACCAAAAUGGUGGCGCGUGCAUCUAUUUCGAGGCAUGAUCAAUGAUGUUAAGCGCAGAGCUCCUUAUUACUGGAGUGAUUGGACUGAUGCAUGGGAUUAUCGUAUUGUGCCCGCAACGGUGUACAUGUAUUUUGCUAAUAUCUUGCCCGCGCUGGCUUUCUCAUUGGAUAUGUUUGAGAAGACAAAUCAGAGCUAUGGAGUCAAUGAGGUUCUACUUGCUUCUGUUCUUGGAGCUGUCGUUUUUUCUCUUUUGGCGGCUCAGCCAUUGGUUAUUGUCGGGGUUACUGGACCCAUCACUGUGUUUAAUUAUACGGUCUACGAUAUCAUCAGCCCCCGAGGGACCCCUUAUCUUGCAUUCAUGUGCUGGAUUGGAAUAUGGUCUUUAAUUAUGCACUGGAUUCUGGCAAUUACCAAUGCCUGCAAUGGACUUAAAUAUGUCACUCGAUUUUCGUGUGAUAUCUUCGGCUUUUAUGUUGCUUGCAUCUAUAUUCAAAAGGGAAUCCAGGUUCUCACACGGCAAUGGGGGCAGGUCGGUGAAACUUCAGCAUAUCUCGCUAUCAUGGUAGCCUUGCUUGUCUUGAUGGCCGCUUGGGUUGUUGGAGAGCUGGGAAACAGUAACCUAUUCCAAAGAUACGUUCGAAAGUUCCUGGAAGACUAUGGCACACCGUUGGUCAUUAUCUUUUUUACUGGCUUCGUGCACUUUGGUCACAUGCGUGAUGUUGAUGUCGCUACGCUUCCCACCAGCAAAUCCUUCUUCCCUACGCUUGAUCGGUCGUGGCUGGUUCACUUUUGGAACAUUGACGUUGGGGACAUCUUCCUGGCUAUCCCUUUUGCCCUCCUCUUGACCAUUCUUUUCUACUUUGAUCAUAAUGUUUCAUCUCUUAUUGCCCAGGGCACCGAAUUCCCUUUGCGGAAGCCCGCUGGCUUCCACUGGGAUAUUUGGCUCCUCGGACUUACCACCUUUAUUGCUGGUCUUCUCGGAAUCCCAUUUCCCAAUGGGCUUAUCCCACAGGCACCCUUCCAUACUGCCGCUCUUUGCGUGACUCGCCAGGUAGCCGAUGAGGAUGAUACAAACAAGGGCAAAGCCAUCCGGAUCACAGAUCAUGUAGUAGAGCAGCGAGUCAGCAACCUAGCUCAAGGUCUCCUCACCCUAGGAACAAUGUCCGGCCCGCUUCUGAUUGUGCUUCAUCUAAUUCCCCAAGGUGUCAUGGCCGGCCUGUUCUUCAUCAUGGGAGUCCAAGCUCUCCAGGGGAACGGCAUUACUCAGAAGCUGAUAUUCCUCGCCCAAGACCGAAACCUAACCCCUGCAUCUAACCCUCUCAAGCGGAUCAAACGCCGAUCCGCGAUCUGGGCAUUUGUGAUUAUUGAAUUGCUUGGCUUCGGUGCUACUUUUGCAAUUACUCAGACUAUUGCUGCUAUCGGGUUUCCAGUUAUCAUUCUCCUCUUGGUUCCUGUACGGUCAUUCCUAUUCCCACUUUGGUUCACGCGCGAGGAGUUGAAUGUUUUGGAUGCACCCACGGCUAGUCCGUUCACCAUGGAAAGUGUCGGCGGUACACAUGGACUGGAAGAGCAAGAAUCUGCGGAAGCAACAUCCAGCGGAGCACAGUCGAGUGAUAAUGGGGUUCUACGAGGUCGUUCCUCGUCUUCAGAGUCUGUCGUUGAGGAUAAUGAUCUUGAGCGAGGAGAGGCUUAUGAGCUUCGAUCAUCUAUGCGGAGAAGAAGUACAACCAGUCGGGCGGAUUGA